AUGUUUUUUUCUCUCCCAGGUGUCUCCAGAAUAUGCCCUCGGGACGGCAGCGCUAUGACCUUGACCCUGAACUCGUCCAGCUCUUCCCCCUCUGUAGACCCCAGUAUGUACCUGAACAACAGCUACCCAGGGUUGAAGGCCUACGCCGACAACGCCAUCCUGGGCCUGGGCCUUGUGCUGGACAACGACUCCAUUACCAGGGACCUCACCAACCUGACCAGCUGGUCCAACACCUCCCUCCUUGAUCCCAUGGUGACCUAUGACCCUCUGGGAGGUCACACCAUCUGGCAGGUCAUCCUGAUCGUGUUCCUCACCGGGUCUCUGUCUCUGGUCACCGUCGUAGGAAACAUCCUGGUGCUCAUCUCCUUCAAGGUGAACAAGCAGCUGAAGACAGUGAAUAACUACUACCUCCUCAGUCUGGCCUUUGCUGACCUCAUCAUCGGAACUCUUUCCAUGAACCUCUACACUACCUACAUUAUCAUGGACCAAUGGGCUUUGGGGAACUGGGCGUGCGACCUGUGGUUGGCUAUCGACUACGUGGCGAGCAACGCCUCCGUCAUGAACCUGCUGGUCAUCAGCUUCGACCGCUACUUCUCCAUAACUCGACCUCUGACCUACCGGGCCAAGAGGACCACCAAGAGAGCUCUGACUAUGAUCAGCAUGGCCUGGUCCGUGUCCUUCGUCCUGUGGGCGCCGGCUAUACUCUUCUGGCAGUAUAUCGUAGGGGAGCGCACUGUGCCUCCUGGAGAAUGCUUUAUCCAGUUUCUCUCAGAGCCUAUUAUCACAUUCUGCACGGCCAUCGCUGCCUUCUACCUGCCGGUCACCAUCAUGACGGUUCUCUACUGGAGAAUCUACAGAGAGACAGAGAACAGGCAGAAGGACCUGGCGGGGUUGAGGGGGUCGGGGGCAGGGAACAAGGCGGGCCAGGAGGGUAGCCAGAAGGAGGAGGAGGAGAAGAUGAAGGAGGAGGCCCAGGAAGAGGAGGCUCCCAUGGUGCCCAAGAAAGGAAGCUCCAGGAGCUGCAGCAGUUACGAGCUUAACCAGGCCGGUCAGAAAGGCUCUGGAGCCAAGAAGACCAGAGGACGCUUCCGGUUCUGGCCGCUGACUAGGUGGUCCAAGAAGACGACAAUCACAGUGGGAGGAGAGCCGGAACACAGCAGCUCCGAUAGCUGGAACAACAACGAUGGGGGCGGGGCCUCCAUGGACCAAUCAGACUCUGAGGACGAGGAGGGGGCGACGGAGUCAAGCCGAGCUAUAUAUUCCAUCGUGGUCAACCUGCCGGGGAUAAACUCCGCCCCUGGCAACAACCCUAACAAUGACCCCCAGCUGACAUCUCCUGAGGACCAGGAUGCUUCGAAGGACCCUCUCCGGCCACCAGGGGGCGAUAAUAAGGACAAAAAGUCAUCCUCUAAUACCAGAAAGGAGAAGGACAAGGAAGACAAAAGCUACCACCAACGCUCCUUCUCUAAAACCCCCGUCACUUCCUCGUCUUCCAUCCAGACCUCCACCAGGAGCCAAACAGGGGAUGUGUCCUCCACCUCCAAGUCCCCCUCCUCGGCCACCUCGGCCCCCAUCUCCCUGAAGAAUGCGGCCAUGGCCAAGCGCUUCGCCUCCAAAGCCAAGACCCAGAUCACCAAGCGUAAGAAGCAGAGUGUAGUCAAGGAGAAGAAAGAGAAGAAGGCCGCCCAGACUCUCAGUGCCAUCCUGUUGGCUUUCAUCAUAACCUGGACUCCCUAUAACAUUAUGGUGUUGGUCAACACCUUCUGUACUGACUGCAUCCCUGAGGCUCUGUGGGCUCUGGGCUACUGGCUGUGUUACGUCAACAGCACCAUCAACCCCAUGUGUUACGCCAUGUGCAACCUCACCUUCAGGAAUACCUUCAAGAUGAUUCUGCUCUGCCGCUGGCAGGACAUCAACAAACGCAACAAGCCUCAGUUCCAGCAGAGGCAGACGGUCGCCUUCCGCAAGAAGGAGCCCUUGCAGGUGUAA